CGAACCACACGCGCCGCGACCAUGCCCGUCAAGCCGAUCGAGUCGUUCGCCGAGUUCCAGCAGCUCCUCGAGGGCGACCGCACCAUCAUCAUCGACUUCUGGGCGACCUGGUGCGGGCCCUGCCGCGCCAUCUCUCCCGUCUUUGAGCGCCUCGCCGAGCAGUCGUCGGGCGCGAUCGACUUCUACAAGGUCGACGUCGACGCACAGGAGCAAAUCGCCCAGGAGUGCGGCGUGCGCGCCAUGCCGACCUUUAUGGUGUUCCGCGCGGGCGACAAGCUCGGCGAGGUGACGGGCGCCAACCCGGCCGGCCUCGAGGCCCUCAUUAAGAAGCACAGCGAGUAGGGAGGGUGCGAGAGUGUCGACGAGGUUGACAUUGACAAGGCGAUUCUCCAGCCCUCGUC